AUGUGGCUAAUUAAGGUCUUCAAUGUCCUCCUCUGCUCAUGGAUUCUGCUGGCUUCAGCAGAAAGAUCUAAUUACAUUGUCCACAUGGACAAAUCUUUCAUGCCUAAGGCUUUUUCCAGUCACCAUUAUUGUGCAGCAAUGUCCAAAGAUGAAUUGGAUGCUUUGAAGAAGUCACCAGGGUUCCUUUCAGCAUAUCCAGAUGGUAUUGUCAUGCCCGACACCACCCAUACUUACAAGUUUCUUUCUCUGAAUACUGCCACGGGCAUAUGGCCAGCAUCUGAGUAUGGUAAAGAUGUGAUUAUUGGGGUUGUUGACUCCGGCAUAUGGCCAGAAAGUCCAAGCUUUAAAGAUGAUGGAAUGACAGAAAUUCCAGCAAGGUGGAUGGGAAUUUGCCAGGCAGGUGAAGAGUUCAAUUCUUCAUUGUGUAACAAGAAACUCAUUGGAGCAAGAUACUUCAAUCAGGGAGUUCGGGAAGCAAAUCCCGGAGUUACAAUAACGAUGAAUUCUGCAAGGGAUGAUUCGGGUCAUGGCACCCACGUGGCAUCCACCGCCGCUGGAAACUAUGUGGAUGUUGUUUUCUUGGCAUCGUAUGUACCCACUGCUGCUUGCCUAAUCUUCAUCCUUAAUCCUUGCCCCAUUCAUCCUCGUAUUAUCAACUCAUCAACCCUAUCAUUAGCUCCUACUUCUCAAUUCUCGUCAUCCUCAAGUAUUCCCUAA